UAUCGUGCUUCAGUCAUCGCAUGAUUUAGCUGGCGUUCGGAUUAGAGCGAGUGUCUUUACCUAACGAAUUUACUCACAUUCCAAUUUUUAAUUUCUAAUUUGAAUAAAAUUCGGUUUUCUCUCAUAAUUUUAUUGCUGAUUUUAAUUCAUCUUUCAAAAUGUCACAAAAAGCCGAUAUUGCAUUAAUUGGUUUGGCUGUCAUGGGCCAAAAUCUGAUUUUGAAUAUGGAUUCGCAUGGAUUUGUCGUCUGCGCCUAUAAUCGUACCGUCGAUAAGGUGACGCAUUUCUUGAACAAUGAAGCCAAAGGCACAAAUAUCAUUGGAGCCACUUCAUUGAGCGAUAUGGUCAGCAAAUUGAAAACACCACGCAAAGUCAUGCUCUUGGUCAAAGCUGGAUCAGCUGUAGAUGCUUUUAUUGAUCAAUUGGUGCCAUUGUUGUCGGCAGGCGAUUUGAUCAUUGACGGUGGCAAUUCGGAAUACCAAGACACCGCCAGACGAUGCGAAGAAUUGGCAAAGAAGAAUAUUUUGUACGUUGGAUCCGGUGUGAGCGGUGGUGAAGAGGGUGCAAGAUAUGGACCAUCACUUAUGCCAGGUGGUCACAAAGAAGCAUGGCCAUUGAUUAAGGAUAUUUUCCAAUCGAUUGCUGCCAAAUCCGGUUCGGAACCAUGCUGUGAAUGGGUUGGCGAAGGUGGUGCCGGUCACUUUGUUAAAAUGGUACACAAUGGUAUUGAAUACGGUGACAUGCAAUUGAUUUGCGAAGCAUACGAUUUGAUGAAGGCACUCGGUCUGAGUCAAAAAGAAAUGGCAACCGCAUUCGAUGAAUGGAACAAAAGCGAAUUGGAUUCAUUUUUGAUUGAAAUUACACGUGACAUUUUGAAUUAUAAAGAUGAAAAUGGUUAUUUAUUGGAGCGUAUUCGUGAUACAGCCGGUCAAAAGGGUACUGGUAAAUGGACCGCAAUCUCUGCAUUGCAAUAUGGUGUACCAGUUACGCUAAUCGGUGAAGCCGUAUUCUUCCGCUGCUUGUCGGCAUUGAAAGAAGAACGUGUUCAUGCCAGCAAACACUUGAACGGACCAAGUGGCAACAAUGGUGUCGCUGAUCGUGCACAAUUUUUAAAUCACAUUAAAAAUGCAUUGUACUGCUCAAAAAUCGUGUCGUAUGCACAAGGUUUUAUGUUGAUGCGUGAAGCAGCCAAAGAAUUCAACUGGAAUUUGAACUAUGGUGGAAUUGCAUUGAUGUGGCGAGGCGGUUGCAUUAUUCGUAGUGUAUUUUUGGGCAACAUUAAAGAGGCAUACACACGUAAUCCACAAUUGUCGAAUUUGUUGUUGGACGAUUUCUUCAAGAAAGCCAUUGAAAACUGCCAAAAUUCAUGGCGUCAAGUUGUAAGCCAAGCCGUUUUAAUGGGUGUCCCAGUGCCAGCUUUGUCAGCCGCUCUUGCUUUCUACGAUGGAUAUCGUGCCGAAAAAUUGCCAGCCAAUUUAUUACAAGCUCAACGUGAUUACUUUGGCGCCCACACCUAUGAAUUGCUCGGCAAAGAAGGUAAAUUUGUACACACAAACUGGACCGGCACCGGUGGCAACGUUUCAGCCAGUACUUAUGAUGCAUAAUUUAUUACAUCCGGUAACAAUCAAUACUAAAAGAAAUUUUAUAAAAUCAAAACAAAUUUCAAACAUUCCAAGUAUUGACACUAAUUUCUUUUUUAACAAAAUUAUUUCUUUUGUAUUUUGUACAAAUAGUUGUUUGUUAUUGCACACUUUUUUUACGAAUUUUUACAUACUCCAUGGAUGGAAUUCUACGUUAAAGUUGGAAUAAAAACAAACAUAAAACAAAAUAAUAAA